AUGGCAGAGGCAAGUAUUUCAGUAGGUCAGGACCAGUUCAUGUGUCCAGUCUGUCUGGAGCUUCUUAAGGAUCCUGUGACUAUUCCCUGUGGACACAGUUACUGUAUGGGCUGUAUUAAGGGCUGCUGGGAUCAGGAUGAUCAGAAGGGAGUCUACAGCUGCCCCCAGUGCAGACAGACCUUCACUCCUGAGCCAUAUCUAGCAAAAAACACUAUGCUGGCUGAAGUGGUGCAGAAACUAAAGAAGGCAAGACCACCUUGUCCUGCUGCUCCUCCUGCUCACUGUGACACUGGAGAUGUGGAGUGUGACUUUUGUAUUGGGAAGAAAGAAAAAGCCGUCAAGUCCUGUCUGACAUGUCUGGCUUCAUACUGUCAGACUCACCUCCAGCCUCACUAUGAAUCUCCUGCCUUCCAGAAACACACGCUGGUCAAAGCCUCCACACGACUACAGGACAAGAUUUGUCCUCAUCAUAAUGAACUGAUAAAGCUUUGGUGUCAAACUGACCAACAGUUCAUGUGUUAUCUGUGUAUGGUGGAUGAACACAGAGACCAUAAAACAGUAUCAGUGGCAGCAGAGAGGACUGAAAGAGAGAAACAGUUGGGAGAAAGUCAGAGGAAAACCCAGCAGAGAAUCCAGGACAGAGAGAAGGAGGUGCAGGAGCUGAGACAGGCUGUGGAGUCUCUGAGGCGCUCUGCACAGGCAGCAGUGGAGGACAGUGAGAGGAUCUUUACUGAACUGAUCCGCUCCAUUGAGAGAAGGCGCCGUGAGGUGACAGAGCUGAUCAGAGAUCAGGAGAAGAGUGAACUGAAUGACACUGAGGGUGUACUGAAACGACUGGAGCGGGAGAUUGCUGAUCUGAGGAGGAGAGACACUGAACUGGAGCAGCUUUCACACACAGAGGACCACAUCCAUUUCCUCCAGAGUUUUCCAUCUCUCUGUGCCCAUCCUGGAUCUACUGAUGUUCCCAGCAUCACUGUCAGUCCACACCUCUCUUUUGAGGAUGUAGGAAAAUCUGUCUCUCAGCUGAAAGAGCAACUGGAGGAUUUCUGCAAGGAGGAGCUUGAGAGACUUUCCACACAAGUUAUUAACAUCAGUAUCGUUCAUGAUCUGGCAUCCAAACCCAGAAAAGAGGAAGACUUUUUACGAUAUUCCAGUGAGUUCACACUGGAUCCCAACACAGCACAUAAACACCUCCGUCUGUCUGAGGGGAACAGAGUGGUGACAUGGAGUGACCCACCGCAGUCAUAUCCUGAUCGUCCGGAGAGAUUUAACAGUUAUCUUGCGGUGCUGUGUAGAGAGAGUGUGUCUGCACGCUGUUACUGGGAAGUGGAGUGGAGUGGGAAGUGGAGGUAUGGGGAGGGUGAGGUAUAUGGGGUGUAUGUGGCAGUGUCAUAUAAAAGCUUGGGCAGGAAGGGACUUGGUAAUGAAUGUAGGUUUGGAUAUAAUGAUCAGUCCUGGACCUUGGUCCGCUUUCUCUCCGGUUACUCAUUCAUACACAAUAAUACGAAGACUAAACUCCCCAUAGUUCCCAGUUCCUACAGAAUAGGAGUGUAUGUGGACCACAGGGCAGGAACUCUGUCCUUCUACGAGGUCUCUGACACAAUGACCCUCCUCCACAGAGUCCACACCACAUUCACUCAGCCCCUCUAUCCUGGGUAUAGUAUCUGGUCAGGGUCAAAGGUAAAGUUAUGUCACCAGCCAAAAUGA